AUGAUGCUUACUUUCUUUUGCGCUCUGCUCCUAGGCACACUCCAUGAUGGCGUCCACGCAGCUCCGAGGAUCAAGUAUGCCAAGGAGAAGCGGCUGUUCGGGCCCACAGUGAAGAUCACAACGCCCUCUGCCACCAUAGAAGGAAGCGCGCUCCCCUUCAUCGGAUCUGCAGGCGGCUUCGUCGAGAACUUCAAAGGCAUCCCCUUCGCCCAGCCUCCCGUAGGGAACAACCGUCUCAGACCUCCCGUGCCCUUGGACCCGAGCCAGCCCAUGGGAAAUGUUGAUGCCACGACACUGUUGCCCAAGCAAUGCCCACAGUUCUUACUUGGAGAGGACAUACAGAUCCCAAACGUUCCGGGAGUAGCAACUGAUGUCCUGGAGACCAUAGUGGGUUCGCCGCUGCUCAAGAACAAUAUCAUCGGAGGCCAGGAGGACUGUCUCACCAUCAACGUCCAGCGGCCAGCGGGCACCAAGGAGGGGGACAAGCUCCCAGUGAUGUUAUGGAUCUUCGGGGGCGGUUUCGAGCUCGGUAGCACGGCCAUGUACGAUGGCUCAAAUGUCGUCGCGCGAUCGGUUGAGCUGGGAAAGCCCGUCGUGUUUGCCGCGGUGAACUACCGCGUUGGCGGGUUUGGCUUUCUAGCUGGCAAAGAGAUCCUCGCUGAAGGAAGCGCAAACCUGGGCUUGCUGGACCAGCGUCUGGGUAUGCAAUGGGUCGCUGAUAACAUCGCGGCUUUCGGUGGCGAUCCAGACAAGGUCACCCUAUGGGGCGAGAGUGCUGGGGCAAUCUCUAUCUUCGAUCAACUUAUUGCCAACAAUGGGGACAUCACGUACAAGGGGAAGCCCCUCUUCAGAGCAGCAAUCAUGAAUUCUGGCUCCGCAGUACCGACCGAUCCAGUAGACAGCGCCAAAGCUCAGCAAGUUUAUGACGCAGUUGUGCAAGGAGUGGGAUGUUCUGGCCAGGCAGACACUUUGCAGUGUCUUCGCGAAGCCGAGUAUGAGAAACUCCUCAAAUCCAUGAACUCCGUGCCUGGAAUCCUCUCGUUUAACGCCCUUGCCCUCUCUUACCUGCCACGGCCAGACGGCAAAUUCCUGGUGUCAUCGCCUGAGCAGUUCGCGACCACCGGCAAACUUCCAAAUAUCCCCUUCAUCCUUGGCGACCAAAAAGACGAGGGCACGCUUUUCGGCAUCUUCACCAGCAACAUCUCCACAACAGACGACUUUAAGACCUAUCUAAAGACUCUUUACUUCACCAACACAGACCCACAGAUCGUCGACGAGUUCGUCGACGUCUACCCGGAUGAUCCUACUCAGGGUUCGCCCUAUGAUACGGGCACCGAAAACAACUUCUACCCGCAGUUCAAGCGUGUGGCUGCACUCCUUGGCGAUGCCGUCUUCACCUUGUCGCGGCGCGCCGUGCUCAACAUUACGACCGGCGUCCAGCCCGGCGUCAAGCGCUGGUCGUACCUGAGCCAGUACGACCAGGGGACGCCGGUCCUGGGAACGUUCCACGGCAGCGACCUCAUCCAGGUUUUCUACGGGAUCAAGGACAACUUCGCAGCCUCUGCCAUCGUCAACUACUUCCUCAACUUCGCGUACAACCUCGACCCCAACGACGCUUCCGGCGGGACCAGGGCCGCCGAGGGCGAGCAGCUCAUCAACUGGCCCGACUGGGCGUCCAGCAACCAGCUCGUCGUGUUCGACGCCGACAAAGCUAGCCUGAUGCCUGACACUUUCCGGCAGCCACAGUUUGAGUUCCUGCUGAAGAAUUCGGGAAACUUGCAUUUUUAA